AUGUCGUCGGACGAGAUAGUGUGGCAGGUCAUCAACCAGCAAUUCUGCUCUUUCAAGUUAAAACUCAGCAGCAAAGAACAAAACUUCUGUCGCAACGAAUACAAUCUUACAGGCUUCUGCAAUCGUCAAUCCUGCCCCCUCGCAAAUUCGCGCUAUGCAACGGUUCGUCCGGAUCCCGAGAGCGGAGCGCUAUGCCUCUUCAUCAAGACCCCCGAACGCACACACCUGCCCUCGAAAUGGUGGGAAAAGAUCAACCUGCCAAACAACUACGAAAAGGCUCUUGCGGCCAUUGACGAUAAACUACAGUAUUGGCCGAGAUUCUACAUUCACAAGUGCAAACAGCGUUUGACCCGGUUGACGCAAGUGCGUAUUCGGCAGUCGAGGAUUCUGAAAGAGGAGACCAGACUGGGUGAGAAGAAUGUCAGUCGAUUAGCCCCGAAGGUUCGAAGAAGGGAGGAGACAAGAGAACGGAAAGCGGAAAGUGCGGCUAAGGUGGAGAGGGAAAUUGAGCGAGAGUUGAUGGAGAGACUGACAAGUGGCGCCUAUGGUGACCGACCAAUAAACAUUGAUGAAGGCUUAUGGAAGAAGGUGCUUCGCGGCUUGGAGAGGAAAGAGAGGGGUGACGAGUUGGCAGAUGAGGAAGAAUUGGAGGAUGAAGCCGAGGAGGAAAGAGAGGCCGAGGUAGAGUACGUCUCUGACUUGGAAGAAAGUGAAGAUGAGUUGGAGAGAGAGAUGGAAGAUUUUGACGAUUGGCUUGACGGAGAGUCUCCUGAAGAAGAUGAAGAGGCCGACGACGAUACUGAGGAGUCCGACGGCGAGGACAAGAGCGAAUCAAGCGAAGAAGAUGAAGACACCGAAGCCAGCAGGAAGAGAAAGCGUGUUUCCAAGCAAACUCCCAAGCCGCAGAAGAAGCCUCGCGGGCGAGUGGAGAUCGAGUACGAGAUGGAACAGCCUUUGAAAGAAGCGAUAUUGGCGUAA